AGAAGAAAAAAUAGUCCUUCCUGUCUGAGCCUCUUCUUUUUCUCGCUCCCCACACCUCUCCCUGUCGCUUUCGCUCACGCUGGUCGUCGAGCCCAAACUUGAUCGUGACUUCUAAAUUCGGGAGCGCUGAGACCAAAUCUACACCGCGCAAGCUGGACCUGCGUCACCCGUCUGCGAUGCGCUUCCUCAUCCUGACUCUCGCCAUGUCCCUGUUCCUAACGGAACUCUCCGUGCAAUGUCAAGCAAAGUCGCUGCACACACUGCACCGUCACCAAGCGAUCCUGGCGAAGAGAUCUGCCGCGUUCAUUAACACCAACGCGAAUGUAGACGUGGCGAUGGAGAAGGCCAUGUUGAUGACUCCUAGGCCCCCUAAAGCUUACUUCAAGCGAGCUCUGCUCCUCUCGACGACUGUAGUCUAAUUUGGGUCAAUGUGUGGAAAUGAAGGAAGAGAUGGCGAACGAGAGACCUGAUUGCACAAACACAG